AUGAGUAAAUUAGAAGAUUUACUUGGUAAAAAGAAGGAAGUGGUUCCUAUACUAGAUUUGUCCAAAAGUAUAGUCAAUACGAAAGAAGAAUACAAACGACUAUGUGAAAAAGUGCCCGACUAUAAAAUGCGACCGAUUAAGGUACGUACCGAAGAUAUAAAGAUUAAAGAGCAAGACAGUGGCUUAUUCAAACCACCGAAAAAAGAGCUCAAGUAUCUAUUGCGUCACAAUGGAGACCGUGAACGUCAUUAUGUAUAUUUGGAUCCAAUACCACUGGAAAUGCGAUCUUUGAUGAUAAUAGAACUGUGCACCGUUCCAAUUGAUUGGAAAAUGUUGACAACGUUGCGUCCAAAGACCAAAAUUGAAGAAGAAUAUUAUAGCAAGCUCAUCGAAUUAGGUAAGCUUCAGAUUCGCACCGAGCAGCGUGAUAAGCGUGAUUAUAUGCUGAACUCAGCGAUAAAGAAAAUAAAAAAUAAAUCUGGCGUUAUCGAAAUGCGACCAAUGACCUGUGCCGAAUGCAGUGAAGAGUACUGUAAUGGUCGAACUUGCAUCGAUUUCAAUUAUGAUUUGUACACAAGAAUUACACCAAAAGAGCCGGCCACCAAAGUGAUUGCCACCAAGACAUCCGUUGAAAAUGAGACGAUCAGUGGAAAAAAAGCAAAAAAGAAAUCAAAAUCAUUCGAUUUUGGACGAGGACGGAAGAAACGAAAUCGAAGUAAAAGUCCAACGAAAACCAAGCGAAAAUAAAACUCAUUUACAUUUAGUAGUUAAAAUCAGUCAUCUUAUUUAUUUCUUUUUACCGUAAACAACGACUAUUGGUUUCCCUUUUAAAAUAAGUCCAUUUGUUUCGUGCAGUGCUUUUUCAAUCAUUUGAUAUUUGGUUGUUAAAUUCAUUUCUGCCGCUUCAUCAACGUCAUAGUUCAAGUAAGGACCGUCAAAAAUGAUAAAAGCUUGACCUUUCAUUCGUCCGCUGGUCAUCAGUUUAAUAUCAAUCGAACGAAUAUUACCGCAUCCACCACAAUUCUCCUCCAAAUAACGUCCAUAAAUCGCUCGAAGAUCAGACUCUAAAACUUCUUUGGCUAUAUUUUUGAUGUACAGACGAUUGCUUAUUUCGCCCGCAUUAUAAUUUUUGAACAUCGGAUGUCCGUUAAGUUGAUCGACUGGAAUUC